GCUCACACUUCCUGCAAAGCGCUCAGCCCUAAGGCAGUGAGCGCAGGAGCUGGGAAGGCGAGCCCUGAGCCCUAAGCCGGAGCGGAGCCCAGCCGGGAGGGCCCGCGGUUCCAGCCGCCUCCGGGGAGGUCCAGGCGUCUCCAUCAGCGGCAGAGGACACUGAGGCGCGGUCAGGUCACCUGGAGGGGAACCAGCGGCCACUUACAACCCACAGAGGAGAAGGGACAGGAGCCUGAGGGCUGUCUCCCUAGAUGGGACUGAAGAGCAGGUCCUGUGCCGUGAGUUUGGAGGCAGCCCUGGGAGGCAGCAGACGGUCUCACUUCUUGGGAUUCUGUUCAUGAAGCCUGGCGGUGAGAGCAUCAAACCGCGCUCUCUGCGUGGCUCCUGCGUCGCCCUCCAGGGCAGGACGUUGCCCAUCAGCUGGGAGGAGUCAGCUUUGAACGCGGAGCAAAAGCUAAGCCGUUUGAUCGCUGCCCGUGGCACCAUGGAUCUGCACGUCUUCGACUACUCGGAACCGGGGAACUUCUCCGACAUCAGCUGGCCGUGCAACAGCAGUGACUGCAUUGUCGUGGAUACUGUGCAGUGCGCCGGCAUGCCCAACAAGAACGUCCUGCUGUACACGCUCUCCUUCGUUUACAUCUUCAUCUUCGUGAUCGGCAUGAUCGCCAACUCCGUGGUGGUCUGGGUGAACAUCCAGGCCAAGACCACGGGCUACGACACGCACUGCUACAUCUUGAACCUGGCCAUCGCCGACCUGUGGGUGGUGGUCACCAUCCCGGUCUGGGUGGUCAGCCUCGUGCAGCAUAACCAGUGGCCCAUGGGCGAGCUCACGUGCAAGGUCACUCACCUCAUCUUCUCCAUCAACCUCUUCGGCAGCAUCUUCUUCCUUACGUGCAUGAGCGUGGACCGCUACCUCUCUGUCGCCUACUUCACCAACACCUCCAGCCGCAAGAAGAAGAUGGUGCGCCGCGCCGUGUGUGUCCUGGCAUGGCUCCUGGCCUUCUGCGUGUCCCUGCCCGACACCUACUACCUGAAGACGGUCACGUCCGCUUCGAACAAUGAGACCUACUGCCGGUCCUUUUACCCCGAGCACAGCAUCAAGGAGUGGCUGAUCAGCAUGGAGCUGGUCUCCGUGGUCCUGGGCUUCGCCAUCCCUUUCUCCAUCAUUGCCGUCUUCUACUUCCUGCUCGCCCGAGCCAUCUCCUCCUCCAGCGACCAGGAGAAGCACAGCAGCCGGAAGAUCAUCUUCUCCUACGUGGUGGUCUUCCUCGUGUGCUGGCUCCCCUACCACGUCGUGGUGCUGCUGGACGUCUUCUCCAUCCUCCACUACAUCCCCUUCACCUGCCAGCUGGAGAACUUCCUCUUCACGGCUCUGCACGUCACGCAGUGCCUGUCCCUGGUGCAUUGCUGCGUCAACCCCGUGCUCUACAGCUUCAUCAACCGCAACUACAGGUACGAGCUGAUGAAAGCCUUCAUCUUCAAGUACUCGGCCAAAACGGGUCUCACCAAGCUCAUCGAUGCCUCCCGAGUGUCGGAGACCGAGUACUCGGCUUUGGAGCAAAACACCAAGUGAUGCGCUCUGCACGGCCUCUGGGACGUGUGUGCUUGCUCCCAGCAGGGCACCGGGCUGUGUCAUUUUCCACAGUAAAGCAAAGUGGCUUCAGGCUUGAUGCCGCAGUUGCGUGAAAAGGGGAACGUGUGUCUCUGUGGCUCCUUUCUCUCUCUCUCGUGCCAAUGUGGCUGUCUGUCGCGUGGCCGUGCGUCCCGACGGAGUGGCACCCACCAUGUGGGGCUGUGCCGAGGAGUCCCCACUGCUUGUCACACCAGCUGCGGGACAGGCUUGCCUGCACUUCUGUAGAAUAGGACUUUCCUGUGCUCCCUGAAGGUUUUAUAUGGUGAUUUGUAUUUAAAUCUUAAGACUUUAUUUUUCUCACUCUUGAUGUACCUUCUAAAUGUAUUUGAAAGUUUAAAUAUAUUUUAAAUAUUGUAUGGGAGGUAUAAUGCUGACAUAUAUUCAGUGUUGUAGUUCUGAGAUUAGUUUGACUUCCGUUUUGACUAAGGAUGACAUUAAUUGUUAGCUGUUUUGAAAGUAUAUAUAUAUAUAUACACAUAUAAAAAUAUAUAUAUAUAUAUAUAUACACAUAUAAAUAUAUAUAUAUAAAUAUAUGCCAGUCUUGGCUGAAAUGUUUUAUUUACGAUAGUUUUAUAUCUGUGUGGUAUUUUGGCCCGGUCUGGGAUAUGGAACGAAAACUGCUCUGUAAUGCAGUUUGUGACAUUAAUAUUAUUGUAAAGUUACAUUGAAAAUAAAGAAAGCAACACUAUUCCAGUCUGUAACACGGCGCACAAAACAAACCUUGUAUUUCAGAGAGUUCUUUCCAUUUGUAAGUUAUUUUUUUUUAAUAAAGAUUUUUUUUUCCUAAAAA